GUGCGCAAUCUCAAUCGCAGCUCAGUCAGCGUCCGCUUCGCUGAAGAUCGGCUUCGCUUCCAGUGCUCGGACAGAGAAGGGAAGGCUUUCGCAUUGGACUUGGAGCUCGACCAGGAUAUUGCUCCAGACCUGAGCAGAUGGGAGUUGCUAUCCAAAAAGGAGCGCUGGGGCGAGCCAGUCCUGAUGACCCUCGCGAAGAUUUUUCCGGCAGCCUGGCCUGCUCUGGUUCAUGAUCCAAAGAACUACCGGCAGGUCAUGGAUCGGGAUUGGUCCAGAGAUGAUGACAAGCUUGAGACAUCGGAGGACACUUUCUUUGAGGAGCAUGCUGAGUGCCCGGGGGUGGGUUGUGUCAAGACUUUGACAGGAAAAACAAUUACCUUGGACGUGGAAGCAAGCGACACAAUCGACAAUGUGAAGGCAAAGAUUCAGGACAAGGAAGGCAUCCCUCCUGACCAGCAGCGCCUGAUCUUCGCUGGCAAGCAGCUCGAGGAUGGGAGAACACUGUCUGAUUACAACAUUCAGAAGGAGUCGACUCUUCACCUCGUGCUUCGGCUUCGAGGAGGAUGCUGCUGGUUCUUUUCCUUCCUCAUCAUCCUUACGCUCCUUGAAUACAUCAUUCCUUUUCCGAUUUCCACGGUUGAUCAUUUCAAUGAUCUUUUUGAUGCCAUGCACUUGUGGAACCUCGGCAUGUUUGAUCCCGUUUCUGAUUCCGCCCUUGUUGGCCCGCAGCUCAGCAAGAAAGAAUCGCUGCCUGGCUUUGCUUGCUUGUUUGAGGGCAAAGCUGCGCGACACCAGGGGAUGGUUUUGUCAAACAGGCAAGACCUUCUUAGUGGGACACGCGCCGAGCUUCAGUCUGAGAUUCGCUUUGUACAGAGGUACCUUCCCCAACUCGCCACUGAGACCGAUCUGGAACGUUCCACGAUGCUCUCAGGUGUGGAAGCCGUGGUGGUUCUAGCUCGACACCAUGCAUGUGAGCAGUGUGGCGUUGCUGAUAGAACCUUCGCAGCAGCUGCGAAGAAGACCGCCGGAGCGAAAGAGGCUUCUGUGCUGCUCUUCGCCAUGGACGUCAGAAGCCGCGCAGCUCGGCCGCUUGCACGCCGACUAGGGUUACGCUGUCCGGAAGCUCCGCGCGAGUGCCGCUAUCUGGCUUUCUCUCGAUAUGGAGGCCUUGAGCCUGUGCUUCUUCGUGGACGGCACGAUGAAGCAGCUCUGUCAAAAAGCUUGGAGCUCCUCUCCCGCAAGCAGUUCUUCGAGUUGACCGCCGAGCAAGCCUGGGAGAAGCAAGCUCCAACUCGGAGCCUCGUCAUACUCCGUUCAGAUGCUACAACCUGGGAGAGGCAGGCUGUGCACCAGCAACGCAUGAAGCUUGACAUUGGCAUUCUGCAGGCUUCUGCGGACAGCGACUUCCGUGCGCAUGCUCUAGCCUUCCGCCCCGGCGAGGACCAGCCACGACACUUCCAUGAGGGCUCUGCUGAGGAGUUUCGCUCGUGGCUUCUGAAUGUGUCAGUCCCCUGCUUGGGUGAUGUCCGCGAGUUCGCAGACGAGGAACCGUAUGAGGACCUCGGCUUGCCCAUCGCAAAGCUCUUCCUGAAGGGAGGAAAGUUGGAUACCGCCGCGCGCAGCGCCAUGUUUCAGCUGUGCAGCCGCUUCUUUGGCCGAAUGGCAUUUACCGUCCGGAAUGCUUCUCUGGGGUCAUCAGAUUGGCGACAGCACGGGAUACCACCAGGUCGCUUUCCUGCGUUCGCAGUGGCCAUGAGCACCGCGUACAACACCCCCAGGUUCGGCUUCUUGGGCAUUCCCAAGAAUCAAACCGAGGAGUUUUGGAUGAGUCCAGCACGCCAACUCCUGAUCGAUUUUGUCGAGGCUGUCCUGCGCGAUGGUGUGCUUCCGUCAAGAAUGAGCGAAGCCCCCCCGGAUGAGGAGGACGAGGAGCCGCCGCCACCUGGAUCUGUUCAAAAGCUCGUCGGGAGACGCUGCCGGCAGGUGGUGGAGGACAGCAGCUCCGAAGUCCUCAUUGAGGGAUUCGAUGAGUGGCGGCGAGAUCAUGCUGACCGCAGUCGUCGCUUGGAUCUUCUCGCGCCACUGCUGAUGUCGCACAACAUCAGUGUGUACAGGCUUGACUUUGGACAGAACGAGGCUACGAGGGUGGAAGUCUGCAGAGAAAGUGGCACAGUUGAUGCCACGCCACUAUCUGACUUUCUUGGCACUGGUGGUCGCAAUCAAUCGGGCCCUGUGCAGUGUCCGCCGGAUGUCCUUCGAAGUAUCUCUGCGGGCUACUCCGGCUACUUCUUCGUCCAUCCCCAUGCCAGGCCAUGCUGUUGGGAUGACCGCUUAUCUGCUCCCGCUUUUUUCGAGCUGUGA